AUGACGCCUGUCCACCAGCCCUGGUCAGUUGAUUCUUGGAGACAGAAGCCGAUCGCCCAAGCCAUCACUUAUCCCCAAGACACUUGGCCGAAACUCGAGAAUGUGAAAACCAAGCUUAAACAGCUCCCAGGUCUUGUCACACCACAUGAGAUUAUCAAACUAAAGGAGCGACUGAAACUGGUGGCUCGAGGAGAAGCGUUUCUAUUGCACGGUGGCGAUUGUGCAGAACUGUUUGAGUACUGUAACCAUGAACAUAUCUCAGCUCGAGUCAAGUUACUCUUGAUGAUGUCCUUGAUAAUCAUUUGGGGAGCAAGGAUACCGGUGGUCAGAGUGGGCCGAAUAGCCGGCCAGUUCGCCAAACCUCGCAGUCAGCCUACCGAGACGAUUGAUGGCAAGGAAUACCCUAGUUUUCGAGGAGAUAUUGUCAACGGUUAUUCAUUGAGCGAGCGGACGCCUGAUCCAGAACGUCUUCUCUCAGCCUACUUUCACUCAUCAGCGAUCAUUAACCACAUCCGGGGCUUGCUAGGAUCCGGCCUCGCCAAUCUUCAACAACCCUCAGCCUGGUCAUUCGCACACGUUAGAUCGCCGAGCUUGCAGGCAAAAUUCCAUGACAUCGUUGAGCGCUUAGAGGACUCGUUGGAUUUCAUGAGGACGAUUGGUGCCAAUGCACAGUCUGAGGGCACUUUGGGCAUCUUGGAUACCGUCGAGAUCUGGACUAGUCAUGAGGCUCUCUUGCUAGAGUAUGAAGAAGCCUUGACGCGAACGAUCCAGCCCGCGAGGUCAGUACGAGCGCGAAAGAUCAGCUCGAUGGCAGCAGGAUCUGGGCCAUCAAUACAAGAAGCUAUCGCUCCUCGAUCGACUACUUCCCCAAACACGUGCCCUGAGACUUCAUCUCCUAGCUACGAUCUCUCGGCACAUUUGGUUUGGGUUGGCGAACGUACGAGACAGCUCGAUCAUGCCCACUUAGAGUUUUUACGCGGGAUUUCGAACCCGGUUGGGGUUAAACUAGGGCCAAAGACGACCCCAGAAGAUUUGAUCGGAAUCCUCGAUAUCCUCAAUCCGACAUAUGAAGAAGGCAAGAUCUUAUUGAUUUGUAGGUUCGGGGCAGAACAUGUCGAUCAAUGCUUGCCUGCCUGUAUUCAGGCUGUCCGAAACUCUAAACAUCGCUCUUCAAUAUUUUGUUGCGAUCCAAUGCAUGGCAAUACCAAAGCUGCAGAUGGCUUGUCAGGUAUCAAGACUCGGUACCUAAGUGAUGUGGUCACAGAACUAUCCAAAUCAAUUCAGAUCCAUGCCGAGAAUGGUUCAAGAUUAGGCGGAGUACACUUGGAAAUGACGGGGGAACUAGAUGAGGAAGGUUACUCAGUUACCGAAUGCUUGGGUGGGAGUAUGAACCUACAAACUGAACACUUAUCACUGAAUUACCAGACUCAUUGUGAUCCUCGACUGAAUUAUGAACAAUCCUUGGAUAUCGCCUUUCUUAUUGCCAAUCAAUUUCAAGGAUUGAGGAAUAACCCGAUUAUCAAGCAAGAAUCAAUUUUACCUCACUUGAAUUAG